UCCCUAUUAGGGUCUCAUCUGGCCGUUCUUCCGAAGCUGUUCCACUGAGGAAAGAUGGCGCGCAAGCGGAAGGCCGGCGACAACAUUACCGGGACAAGGCAUCGGGCUGCUGCGCGGACGGAGCCAACAGCCGGUAGAUCGGGCCAGACUGCAGGGCCUACGGCGAAUGCAGCCGGCGACGGCAUUGCUGGGAUUUCGCCGGAUAUGGCGUGGCUGUUGGCGGUGACUUCAGGCUACGGCAACGCCGUCGGCUCUUCCCAGUUCGGUGGAGGUGGGUGCCCAAGAGAUCAAAGCAUACGAGCUGCUCGCGGUCGCGGGGCCGGGGGCGGGUCGGGGUACAGGGGAUUCUCCCAGUCGCAGCCGCAUAGGAGGGAGCCACAGAUGCCAUCUCAGGGGAUGCUCCGGCCGCCGCUGGCCAAUCCAGCCGGUGGGCGUCCGCCCUUCACCAACCAGUGCCACGCGCCGACCGGCCAUGGUUCGCUCCCCGGCCAGACCCAGAACCACGUCGCCGGUCCCAGGCAGACAGGAACAGGGCAGCCGCGCGGCCACUCCGGCGGCGGCGGGCAUCCUUCUUCGGCGACCACUUCCGCAAGCGCGACAGGUGCUUCGGUCAGUCAUCCAGUGUGCACUCUUUGCAAGAGGCCCACGACCGGGGUUUGGGGCUUGGUGCCAUUGUGCGUGGAUUGCUACAACAAUCCCGUCACCAGCAACGUACUUCAGCAGCAGCCGGAGAUCCGAUACGUGCCUCCGCAUCCAGUCCCCAGCUACGGCGGCGCGACGCAGGGUCAGGGCAUCGCCAUUGAUCACCAGCGACAGCUCGACCUCGGCCAGCCUUCUUACGCGGGGCUGGCACUGGCUGCCGACGGCCCACUCACAAGGGCACCAAGUGCUGACUGCUGCAGUGUUUGCCUAGAGCCAAUCAUGGGGGCUUUGGACUCGUCGCCCUUGGUGCCAUUGUGCGUGGAUUGCUACAACCGUCUCUUCGUCGCCGGCGACGUGCCUCCGCAGCACGCGCAGACCGGCAGCCACGUGCUUCCGAGUCCGGUCCCCAGCUACGCGGGUGCGCCUGGGGGGCCAGUCCCUGCCAGUGAGCGGCAGUACCGGGCUGCGGCCAUUAGGCCUCCUUCCAGUUCCACCUCGAGCUCGGUCGUCGGUUCGGGACCGAUCUGCCCGGCUUGCGGCCACCCCUCCGGCACCGGCAACAGGGCGUGCAGUGUUUGCCACCGCAACGGCCCGCCGCCGCCAGAGCUCGGCUAGCCCCAAUCAGUACUGUGAGUGAGAAUGUCUUGUGAACUCUGGGAGCCUUCUCUGCUUGCUCUGUUUUGACUUUUGACAAAGAUGCUGCUUUGAGUAGUGAUGAUUCUUGUGAUUCAGUG